AGGUUAUGAAAAAGAGCUUAUUUUAGUGGGAGAUUUGAGGUUUUAGGGUCUUGUCCUCUAUGGAAUUCUAAGGGGUUUUGUUGCUUUCUACUUUGAAGUCAAAUUUAGUAGUAGAUGCUAGUUGCAAACGCUACUUGUUUUGGGCAGCGCUGCAACUCUGCAAGUGAUUGAUUCCCUAAUAGAUCUAGAACUCUUCUUUCAUUAGUUCAAUUAUACCUCAAUAGGGUGCUCUGUUUUGAUGACGGAGAGGAAGAUGCAGCCUUUGUCCUUUGUGACCAAGAGAUUCCUCUUCUUUGUCGUCUCUCUGUCCAUCUUCCUCUUGGUUUUCUCUUGCUCCACUCUUCUAAGGUCGAGCAGUGGGUACCUCAUACCUGAAUCAGUUCUUAUGCUAGUGCUUGCCAAUAAGACAUCAGAGCUCAGCACCCAAUUCAGGGAUCAUAGCUAUCAUCAUCUUGAGUUAUUGCCUCCUCCUCCUCCUCCUCCUAUGAAAUAUCGAAUCAGUGUUCGACGAAAUUCCAAUUCUAAGAAGGAUGCGAGGGUCUCAGGUGAAGGAAAAAGGAAACGAUGUGACUCGAAUCAGGCUUUGCUCAAGGUUUAUAUGUACGACUUACCUCCUGAGUUUCAUUUUGGACUGUUGGGUUGGAAGGGGAGAAAAGAUCAGAUAUGGCCGGAAGUUCGUAAUCGCAUCCCGACCUACCCGGGUGGCUUAAAUUUGCAGCACAGUGUAGAAUACUGGCUUACAUUGGAUCUUCUCUCUUCAAAUUCUCCGGGUGUCGUCAGGCCUUGCUCGGCAAUUAGAGUGAUGGAUUCGAGCCAUGCAGAUGCGAUCUUUGUGCCAUUCUUCUCAUCAUUGAGCUACAACAGGCAUUCUAAGCUCCAUGGGAAGGGAAAGGUUGGUCAGAAUAAGCUUUUGCAGAAGAAAUUGGUGGACUACUUGAUGAGCCGUGAGGAGUGGAGGAGAGCGGGUGGAAAGGAUCAUGUGAUUGUAGCCCAUCAUCCGAACAGCAUGUUGGAGGCUCGGAGGAAGCUUGGGUCGGCUAUGUUUCUGCUCGCAGAUUUUGGGAGAUACCCGGUUGAGAUUGCGAAUCUCAAGAAGGAUGUCAUUGCUCCUUACAUGCAUGUAGUGCCUUCAGUUGGCAAUGAUUCAGCCCCAUUUGAAGACCGCCCUAUAUUGGCCUAUUUCCAGGGAGCAAUCCUCAGGAAGGAUGGUGGCAUGAUCCGCCAGAAACUCUACAAACUUUUAAAGGAUGAGAAAGAUGUCCACUUUGCCUACGGAAGUGUUCGGGAGAAUGGAAUCAGACAUGCAGGUCGGGGAAUGGCUUCAUCAAGAUUCUGUCUUAAUAUAGCAGGAGACACCCCUUCGUCGAAUCGCCUCUUUGAUGCAAUUGUGAGUCAGUGUGUCCCCGUGGUUAUAAGCGAUGACAUCGAGCUGCCUUUUGAGGAUGUCCUAGACUAUUCGGAGUUCUGCAUCUUUGUACGGGCUUCAGAUGCUGUCCAGAAAGGUUUUCUGUUGAAUCUACUUAGGGGAAUCAAACGAGAUGAAUGGACUAAAAUGUGGGAAAGAUUAAAGCAAAUUGCACAUCAUUUUGAGUAUCAGUAUCCAUCCAAGCAGGGAGAUGCUGUUCAGAUGAUCUGGGAGGCACUUGCUCGCAAGAUCUCAUAUGUUCAUUUGGAACUUCACAAGGAGAACAGACUCCAUCGAGCAGAGCUCAUGAACUAAGGAAAAUUGGAUGAAAUUCAGAAGUCCUAUACCGCAGCCUUAGGAUUAGUCUUUAGAAGGAAAAUAUACUGAUUGGAACCCUUUUGCUGCAGAACUUUCUCUUAGUUAGUCGAUAAAGACCUGUAAGAAUUUGUGGAUA